ACCAUAGCCGAGCAGACAGCCCUUAUGGACGAUGAACUCGAUCAAUUCACCACCACGGUGCAAGAAGCAGCCAUCAGUGCGCCAUAUCUAGUGUUGGACAAAGUGAUUCAGGAUCUAGCGCCCUCUGGCUAUAAGCUAGAUAGGAUGCUUUUCCAACAGCCCGAACAUUUUGCCAACAUCUCUUCGUUGAUUUCCACUACACCAAAGUCCGCCAUACAAGCCACUAUAAUGGUCAUGACUUACUUGAGCCAUGCUACGUAUGUUUAUGGCUAUGAUAUCACAGAACAGGAGAGAUGGGAUAGAUUCUGCUUCAAGUACGUUGAGACGAGUCUGCCAUGGAUAGCCAGCAAAUUCUUUCUCGAUCAGACCUACAGCGAUGAGAGGCGCGAUUUUGUCACCACCAUGACUGAGGACCUGCGAAGUGCUUAUUUGCAACGACUCGAAGGGAUAGAGUGGAUUACAAAGGAGACCAAGGCACUCGUUCAUGAGAAGAUCUCUAAUAUAGUGACCAAAAUCGGAUACCCCGAGCACACUCCGAAUGCAAGAAACGCUACAGAUCUUAUGGCCUACUACAGCCCAAUACAGAUCACCGAGUCUCUUUACAAGAACGUGAUUAGCAUCCGAGAAUGGGAUCAUAACCGGGUAUGGGAUCUUCUGAAUCAUCCCGUUGACCAAAAAAUCUGGCCCGGCAGUACAGUAUAUGCAUGGAUAGCGAAUGCAUUCUACGCGAAUGUAUGGAGCUAUGCAGUGAUACCAGCCGGGAUCACUCAAGCCCCGAUCUAUUACGAGGGCGCACCUAGCUACAUUACGUACAGCUCGCUGGGUAUGAUCUUAGGACAUGAACUUACUCAUGCAUUGGAUACGGACGGUCGAUUAUGGGACCAGAAUCGACGAUACAAAUCCUGGUGGGACGAACAAAGCAUCGCCAACUUCGAAAACCGAUCAGAAUGUUUCGUCAAGCAGUAUUCGGAGAUGAAAGCCGUUGACAAUUUCGGCGAGGCCAUACUCAACCAAGAUGGAAAACCGUAUUUCGUGAAUGGAACGAUGACCGUUUCCGAGAACAUCGCAGAUGCUGGGGGUCUUGGGAUGGCUUGGGAGGCCUGGCUUGCGCACGAGAAGAAGGGACCUUCACGGUCGCUUCCAGGGCUCGAGAACUUCACGAAAGAACAGCUCUUCUAUAUCAACUCCGCUCAGACCUGGUGCACCAAGUCCUCGAGGAAGAGUAUGCUCAGUCUACUGCUUGAGGAAAGUCAUGCUCCUGGCUUUGCGCGCAUAUUAGGGCCGACUCAGAACUCCAAAGGAUUCAAUGACGCUUUUCAGUGUAAGAGAGAGCCGGUGUGUGAACUGUGGUAA